AUGGAUCACACACGCCCUGACACUCGGUCACUUCAAAGGCCGCCGACGGCCCGCUGCAGCCCGGAUAUAAGAGCGCUCCACGGCCCUGUUCUGCAGAGCGUGACGCGCAUCUGCACAGACCACAGCGACGAGAGAGGAAUACAGCCAGGAAACACGAUGGAUCUAUCUUUUGCCCUCUUAAAACUGUUGGUAACUUUAGUUGUAGUUUCGGGGGCACCGCGUUUCUCAGGACUCCAUCCAAACAUGGUCCUGCGAGACAGAAGUGCGCGGUCCCGGCAUCAGUCCACGCGUCUCCCGCUGUACAUGAUGCAGCUGUACCGCACCAUGCUGACCGAGGACCAAGCCAACAGCCCGGACAUUGCCGACCCUGAAGAGGACAAUCCGGGCCUGCACGACUCAGACUCGGUCACCAGCCUCAUAGCGAAAAGUUGUCAGCAGAUUGGAAACCACUGGUCAGUGAACUUCGACAUGUCUUCAAUAUCUGGUAGUAACAAGGUCCGGCUGGCCGAGCUCCGAAUCCGCCUCCCUGCCUUCAGCCGGUCCUCCCAUGCUUAUCUGGACGUCCAUCACCAGUGCAUGGGGCCAAACUGCUCCAAAGAGCCUUUGUUUCUGGGAAGAGUCCAGGCUAAGCCAAGCUCCAUGCAGUCCCCGUCUUCCUGGAAGAUAUUCAACAUUACUGAGCUGCUCUUGGGAUGGGUUCAAGUCGGACCCCCAUCCAGACCACAGGAAGACACUGCAGGGAACACAGAGAUGGUCCAUCACAGCACCACGGACAGAGUCAUGAUGGUGGUCUUCACCAGACAGAGCCCCAGCGGCCACAGCGAGCCCACCCUCAUCCACACAGCCGAACACUCCAAGUAUGUCCAGCUGGACAGCAGCUCCAAGAGACGAGGACGAAGAAAGAGGCACCAGGAGAACAACCAGAACCACCACCAUCAGAGUAUAGUAGCAGGAUUCGCUCCUAACAAGACCGCUGAAGGCAAGACAGGCCCCCUGUGCAGGAAGGUGGACAUGUGGGUGGACUUUGAGAAGCUUGGCUGGAGUGAGUGGAUUGUGUAUCCAAAACGCUACAAUGCAUUCCGGUGUGAAGGCAGCUGCCCUACUCCUGUGGAUGAAACGUUUACUCCGACCAAUCACGCCUACAUGCAGAGCCUUGUGAGACUUCACCAUCCGAACAAAGUGCCAUGUGUGUCAUGUGUCCCCACUCGCCUGGCGUCCCUCUCCAUGCUCUACUUUGAGGACGGGAACAUGGUGAUGAGGCAUCACGAGAACAUGAUUGUGGAGGAGUGUGGCUGCCACUGA